AUGUGGGGAAGAAUCUGUGGGGAGAAAACAAAACAGAAAACAUCUAUUUCAAUCAGAAAUUGGAGGGAGGCAGCCAAGCACAAGAAGCUGAGCAAAAAUGCCAGUGCAGACAAUGCAGUAACUCAGGGUCGUGCGGACUCCAAGAGCUGUAUGGACUUCAUGGUGUGGUGCAGACUCUACAAAGUGGAGAGUUUACAGGGAAAAAUCUACAAAAGAAGUGUUGGCCACUCUGCCCUGAAUCCAACACCCACUCCUGAUAGUUUACAAAGGAUCACAAUUAAAGAUGAUGAAAACCAGUCAGAAGAAGAUACAAACAUGGAUCACUUUUGUAGUUUUCACAGUAACACACCCAAAAAACCUCAUUAUAUGGAAGUACUGGAAACCAGAGCAAAGAAUCCAAUCUCUCCCCACAAUAAAUUUAGAACUAAUAUGCUACCUUCUGAAUCUCACGACUCACCAAGUCAUUCCCCACAGAGAACCAAGUCUCCAGUUUCUAUGGAAGAAAGGCGGCGUAGGGAUAAGAAACAUUUGGAUGACAUCACAGCAGCUCGGCUGCCACUGCUUCACCAUAUGCCUACACAGUUGCUGCCUAUGGAAGAAUCUUUAGCCAUUCAGAAACAGCAAAAGCAGAAUUAUGAGGAAAUUCAAGGCAAGCUUGCUGCGCAAAAACUGGCUGAAAGAUUGAAUAUUAAAAUGCAGAGCUAUAAUCCUGAAGGUGCUGCAUCAAUGAAAUACAGAGAAGUGAGAGAUGAAGAUGAAGAUGAGAGAUGA